UGCCAUAUUAUUAAAAUCUUGGCUUCUACAAUUUAAAAAGGUUGGUCUGGCUAUUUUGUACAUUUUUUUUGACGCUUUUGGUCUUCAAUUAUCAAAAUCGUGGACAAGCGCUCCGAUAACGUUCAAUCAAACAUCCAGCAGUUUUGAACUAGUUCCCGGAGUUAAAGAAUCUGCCAGAGUUAAUGCAUUGGUUGUCAGCGUGAAAGUUGUAGUUAUAAUAAUAUUCGUUAUUGCAGCCGCAACACAUAUCAAUAAAGACAAUUACCAUCCAUUUAUCCCACCAAAUGAAGGUUCAUUUUCAAGAUUUGGUGUUACUGGAAUAUUGGCAGGGACUAGUAUUGUAUUCUUUGCAUUUAUCGGAUUUGACUCGAUUUCAACUAUUUCACAAGAAUCUAGAAAUCCGCAGAGAGAUUUACCAAUUGCGAUUAUGGGCAGUUUCGGAAUCGUCUCCGUUAUUUAUGUCGCUGUAUGCGUCGUGUUGACCGGUGUAGUAUCAUAUAAGAAGCUUGACAGCCCUGCGCCGUUAUCUGUAGCAGUUGAUGAAAUGGGGAUGAAAUGGUUGGGAGUGGUUGUGGAUCUUGGCGCAGUAUGUGGUCUGAUAUCUGUCAUUCUUGUAUCAUUGAUGGGGCAACCGCGUAUUUACUUAGCGAUGGCAAAUGAUGGGUUAUUCUUAAACGGAAUUGCUUCAAAAGUUCAUCCUCGAUUUGGUACACCAUAUCUAACAACUAUAAUGGGUGGAAUAAUUUGCUCUAUAGCAGCUGCGCUGUUUCCGAUUGAGAUACUUGCUGAGUUGACAUCGGUCGGCACACUAUUGGCUUUCUUUUUAGUCAACAUUGGGGUGACAAUUUUAAGAUUUAAAGCCCCAAAUGCGCCUAGAAGAUUCAAAGUUCCAGGUGGUCCAUUUCUAAUUCCGAUUACAGGUGCCGUGUUAACUUUAUUAAUUUUGGCAACAGCAUCACCUGCAAGUAUUGGGAGAUUGUUUGUUUGGAUGGCAAUCGGGUUGUUUGUGUAUUGCUUUUACGGAAGGCAUCGCUCUAAAGCAAAUAAUCCAGAGUUGGCAGAAAAAGGAAAAGACAUGGAAAUGAAGUCUUUGAAUGAGGACGGUGAGCAAAUCGGAAACGCCGAGACGAGUCGGCGAACUAAACCUUCAACAAACGUUUAA